CCAAUGGGGAAAUCAAGUUGCAACCACUGCGCUAGAUGAGAGCGCAGGCAGGACAUCCGAACUUCUCAACUUGCCUUGACAAGGAAACGGAAUACAUGGACCAGGAGGAAGGAACGACACAAACUGUCUUUUAGCUUGCUUCACCAACAAAUGCACAUCUGUGGUGAAUUGUGCUACCUAGUUAGCUAGCUGGCUAACUAAUUCAUUGCCACAUUACAAGCUAGCUAGGCUAGCCAGAUUCGUUUACCUUCAUUAACGCACACACGGCAGCUAGCUGACGUUACUGUCUGAAAAGGCUGGGACGUCAACAUCACACGGGAAAACGUGCGGUAUUUACUAACAUUUCGUUUGCUCAGUUACGAAUUUUGUUAAUAACUAGAUGAAUUAGCAACGCUAGCUAGUGCUGACAGCUAUCGUUAGCUAGCUACGUAUUCCAUGCCAUGUCAUUCGUUUUGUUUGUAAACGUUCGCCUGGUUACAUACUGUUGGUUGUGACAGUGCCAAAGAAAUAUAUGUAUUAUUGAGAGAAUCAUGGCUAAAAUAGAGAAUGGUCGCCAGUCGGCCGACUCGAGAAGUAUCAGGACCAUUAGUAGCAGUCAUAUGGACGACGAGAGCUCCCUUGGCUCAGACUCCGAGAUUAACGGCUUUACCAACGACAGGCACACUGAUAAAUAUGGAUUUAUUGGAGGGGCGCAACAGUAUUCAGAAGAAUCGGCUCAGGAUGUCCCUCCAGAGGUGCUGAGGCAGCGAGAGGUCAAGUGGCUCGACAUGCUGAGCAACUGGGACAAAUGGAUGGUCAAGAGACACAAAAAGGUGAGACUGCGGUGCCAGAAAGGAAUCCCUCCCUCACUGCGAGGCCGUGCUUGGCUCUACCUGUCAGGAGGAAAAGUGAAGAGGGAACAGAACCGGGGGAAGUUCGAGGAGCUGGACAGUCAGGCUGGAGACCCAAAAGAGCUGGAUGUGAUUGAGAAAGACCUGCACAGACAGUUCCCCUUCCAUGAGAUGUUUGUAUCACGAGGGGGCCACGGACAGCAGGACUUGUUCCGUGUUCUGAAGGCCUACACGCUGUACAGGCCAGAGGAGGGCUACUGUCAAGCCCAGGCCCCCAUUGCUGCUGUGCUGCUCAUGCACAUGCCUGCUGAGGAUGCAUUCUGGGGGCUGGUCCAAAUUUGUGAGAAGUACCUCCCUGGAUACUACAGUGCAGGGCUGGAGGCCAUCCAGUUAGAUGGAGAGAUCCUGUAUGCUUUGACGCGGCGUGUCUCCCCCCUAACCUACCGCCACCUGGAGAAACAUAAAAUAGAGCCCAUUCUCUACAUGACAGAAUGGUUCAUGUGUGCCUUCUCCCGCACCCUGCCCUGGGCCUCAGUUCUCCGUGUCUGGGACAUGUUCCUCUGUGACGGUGUGAAGAUAAUUUUCCGGGUGGGCCUGGUGCUGCUGAAGUGUAUGCUGGGUACCCGUGAGAAGCUGAAAACGUGUCAGGGCCAGUAUGAGACCAUGGAGCUGCUGAGGGCCAUAGAGCCACGCUACAUGCAGGAGGGCUUCCUCGUCCGGGAGGUUCUGGAUGUGCCCGUCUCAGAGCGGGACGUUGAGAGCGAGCACCAUGUUCAGCUGAAGCGCUGGAGGAAGAACCGCGGUGAGCUGCACUGGAAGUCUCCUCCCAGAAUGCACGGUGCCAGGGCUAUCAUGGCCUCGGAGCCUCCCAGUCGCCAGGACCUUCGUCAGAACCCCACCAUCAUCGUCGAGUCGCCCCUGCCUCCCCCUCAGCCCACCCCUCAGCUGCAGAAGGGAGAGAAGAAGAGCAAAAAGGGGAAGAAGAGCAUUAAGAAAGGAAGUAUGAAGAUAACCCCUCCUCCUGUCACGGAGAUCCCCAACCCUUAUAAUUUACCUAGUGACCCUAAGCUUCCACUCAGAGAUCCUCAGCUUCCACUCAGAGAUCCUCAGCUUCCACUCAGAGAUCCUCAGCCUACUCUGAGAGACUCACCAGUACAGAAGCCCCUCGUCAAUGACACACCCCUCCCAAACACACCUAAAGACUCUCACCUGCCCCACCAACCAGCCCUUAAUGACCAACCAGCCCUCAACCACCAACCAGUCUUUAACGACCAGUCUCUUCUCAAAGAGUCGCCCCUCGAGAAGUCCAGACUGAGCCUGAGUAGCACAGAGGCAGAUCAUCAGGACACAUACCUGUAGCUCUCGCUGUGGGCAGAAGGUGGAACUGCAUGUGUGAAACUGGGCAUGAUGGUGAGUGAGAGGGGAACUGGAACAACCCCUGUUUUAUCCUGGACAGUUCUCAUUCACUCGCUCACUCACUCUCAGGCCCUCUGCAUGCCCUCUGCAUGCCAACCAAGCCCUCUGUCUCUUUUUCAGGCACUAGCACAGCUCAGCCAUAUACUAGCAACUGGGUGUACCAUGGCCAAUGUCACUGUAGCCCAAUAAUGGGCGACAAUUGUAUAUUUUUCAUAUGAUUUUUAUUCUGCUUGCUUUUAAGACACCGUAUUGCCUAGAGCAAGCACACAGUCAGCAGCAUACACUAAUGCAUCACUGCCAAGUGUUAUAAUACUUUCAUCCUUAUGUUACCUCUUCAUGCUUCUUCACUCUGACUUAGUGAUGUGCAAGGGAGACCGUGUUCUUUGUGCAAGGGAGACAUGUUAAUGAUUUAUUGGUUGUGUAGUUGUAUACAUAAAACUAUCAUCACCUAAUAGACUAUCUGAUUCUAGGGUUUAACAAGAGACUUGAUUAAAUUAAACUAUUAAACUGCCUUCAUUUGCACAAAAUGGGAGUGUUUAAAAUGUUUUUUUUUAAAUUCACUCAAAUCUCCCAACCAUCUGUGGUUUGUAGGUAAUAGGAAUUGGAAAUAUAAACUUUUUUUGAACUAAGCUAUACUACUAUUGAUACUUUUUUAAAUUUAAUGUAAACCCUUGCCAUUUCAUUUUGAAUAAUGCUUAAGAAAGAGCUGGGUAAAUAUUGUUUCAAGUCAGGUUGGUUGAGUCAAGUCCCAGUUGGCCUUAUCGAUAAGUAAAGAGCUUCCAUCCUUCACCACCAGAGAGCAGACUUGGUGUGUUUUCCUGUAAAUUCUGUUAUCCCAGCUGCUAACUUCCCCUUCCUAAAAAGGAACUCCGAGCGCUCUUGUCUCGAAUUUACACUCAUUACAUGUCAAUUCCAUGCUUUCAAAGGAACUUGCGAGCUUGUUUUACUCCAGUAAAAGGUGACCUAUGACAUGUGCCUUGUACAACAUGUGUAUAAAUCUUCGACCUCCAUGGCCUGUGGCUAUCUAUUGUCCCUGCCAGGUGGUAAUGGGCCUGAUGUCUUGAGACCAGACACAAAUCCUCACUGUGCCAGGCAAUUCCAGUUACUAUGUAGCAUUUAACUCAUGUAAGGUAUGCAAGAAGGAGACAGGACUGGACAUUCCUCACAAUGAUUUGACACAUUCCUGCCCUUGGGUUUCUUAAAAGCCAAUAUGUCUUGUACAGUAUUCAUGCAUGUUCAUAUUUUAACUUUUUGGGGGCGUGAGUGCCAUAGCAGUUAGCUGGAUUGUUCCACCAAUUCGGUGCCUUUUGAAAGUGUAACUUGGUCAACCUAAUUUGAUUUCACCUAAUUUUAACAUGUCAUAAAAAGCACUUUUCUUUUUUUACACUUUACCCUCUUGAGGUUAAAUAAUAAUUUAAAAAAGACUAAGUGCCAAAUAUAGUAACAGGGUUGACUGUAACAAGGUUGGUGAUUUAAUCUUAAAUACCCUUGUGAAUCUUCAAAAUUACUUUGUCAAAGAAACAAAAUGACUUUACAAUGAUGGUGAAAACUUUGAGUAGGGUUAAGUGGGUUAAAAUCUUCCUAGAAGUCAGACGGUGCACGGAGGGGCAUGUCAAAAAGCUGAAUUUAUUUAAUUAUCUAUGUGGUCUUUAUUAAAGGGCACUUCAUUUAAUAUAACACGCUGUUAAAAUUCAAUAUUGGUGCACAAUUUCUACUUAAAAUAUCAAAGGGCACUCUUUGUGGAACGGCCCAGCUGUAUAGUGCUAACCUCUGCUCCUCUGCACAGGUGCUGGGUGAUGUGGACUUUGCAGGCUAGAUACUUUUGUAUAUAUAGUGUAUGUGGACACGCCUUCAAAUUAGUGGAUUCGGACAUUUCAACCACAUCCGUUGCUGACA